ACUCUCUGAAGAGUCCCCCUCUUUAUUUUCAUCGCUCCUCGGCGGACUUCUCCACGCCUCCCCUCCUUUCUAUAUCCCCCACCUAACUUCCCUCUCCCUCCAAACACUCCUCUACCCUUUUCAAACCUCAAAAAAAAAAAAAAAAAACAAUGGCUCUGGCCACACAGUCCUCCAUCACCCUCCUCCAGAAUCCCUUCAUUUCCUCCCCCGAACCCCACACCAACCUCUCCGCCGCCUCGAUCCCGCUCCCUCCACGCCGCCGCUCCCUCUCCGCUCGAUGCUCCGUCGCCGUCGCCGUCGCCCCCUCCGCCGCUGCUAAGGCGGCCAAGGAGUACAAGGUCAAGUCGGUCAAGGCGCGGCAGAUCAUUGACAGCAGAGGGAAUCCGACGGUCGAGGUUGAUCUGGUGACUGAUGAUCUCUACCGAUCGGCGGUUCCCAGUGGAGCUUCUACCGGAAUCUACGAGGCGUUGGAGCUUAGGGACGGUGAUGAGGCUGUUUAUGGAGGCAAAGGUGUGCUUAAAGCUGUGAAGAAUAUCAAUGACAUUUUGGGUCCUAAGCUUAUUGGCAUCGAUGUCAGAAAUCAAAAUGAUGUAGAUGCAGUUAUGUUGGAAAUUGAUGGGACACCAAACAAAUCGAAGUUGGGGGCCAAUGCCAUAUUGGGAGUGUCUCUUAGUGUGUGCAGAGCAGGUGCAGGUGCAAAGGGAAUUCCCCUAUACAAGCACAUCCAGGAAGUGUCUGGAACAAAAGAGCUUGUUAUGCCCGUUCCCGCUUUUAAUGUCAUAAAUGGAGGAAGCCAUGCUGGAAAUAAUCUCGCCAUGCAAGAAUUUAUGAUAUUGCCUGUAGGUGCCUCCUCAUUUGCUGAGGCACUUCGUAUGGGUAGUGAAGUUUAUCACAUACUAAAGGGAAUUAUCAAGAAAAAGUAUGGACAAGAUGCUUGCAAUGUUGGGGAUGAAGGGGGAUUUGCUCCCAAUGUACAGGACAACAGGGAAGGCUUGGUUUUGCUCAUUGAUGCUAUUGAAAAGGCUGGUUACACAGGCAAGAUUAAAAUUGGAAUGGAUGUUGCUGCUUCGGAGUUUCUCACUAAGGAAGGGAACUAUGAUCUUAACUUUAAGAAACAACCAAAUGACGGGGCACAUGUGCGCUCACCUCAGAGCCUUGGUGAUCUGUACAAGGAGUUUAUCAGAGAUUUCCCUAUUGUGUCAAUUGAAGAUCCAUUUGACCAAGAUGAUUGGAGCUCGUGGUCUUCACUUCAAUCUUCAGUUGACAUCCAAAUUGUGGGGGAUGACUUAUUGGUCACAAAUCCAAAGAAAAUUUCUGAAGCCAUUGGGAAGAAAGCAUGCAAUGCCUUACUUUUAAAGGUUAACCAGAUUGGGACCAUCACUGAAUCUAUUCAGGCAGCACUUGACUCAAAAGCUGCAGGCUGGGGUGUCAUGGUUAGUCACCGGAGUGGGGAAACUGAGGAUAACUUCAUUGCUGAUCUUUCUGUAGGCUUGGCUAGUGGACAGAUUAAGACAGGAGCUCCCUGCCGAAGCGAACGUUUGGCCAAGUAUAAUCAGCUUCUGCGCAUUGAGGAGGAACUUGGUAAUGUCCGUUAUGCUGGUGAAGCUUUCAGAGCUCCUUAAGGGGAGAACUUAUACAUGUUUCAGGGAUUCACGUUUUCUGAGUUUCAAGUCAAACUUGGGAUUCUGGGAACAUUUACAGAAAUUUUUGAUAGAGCUUAAUGAGGUGAGAUGUUUUUGGAACGUUCCAUUUGCCGAAAUACCCGGAAUAAGACACCACAAGUAUUCAACUUCGUUGGAAAUAUUUGUAGGUCAAUAAGGAAGUUGUGCUUUCUAUCAUGCAUGUUCUGGUGUAUGGUACCUGCUGACCUUCUCAUCGGUUCCAACUUUGUUGUUAUGCUGUACUGGAAUGUGUAUCAUGUACCAUAUAUUUCACACCUACGCUACUUUUCAUAAUGUAUCAUUCUGCUCUGCCGGAUAUCAUGGAACAACACAUAAUCAAAUGUUC